AGCAAUUGUUCUAGCUGCAACCCAUGCUUGCCGGAAACGUAUGCCAUCUCGUGAACUCCACGCUUUCUUUGUUCAAAACCAAAGCUUCUUAAGAGUACGAGACUUUCGUAACCGUCGUCUCAACGAGAAUCACCUGCACGCCUUAUGUCAAGUACAAGAUCUCGCCAGGGAUGUGAAGAGUGUCGACGGCGACGCAGAAAGUGCGACGAGCAGAAGCCUUGUUGUGGGCACUGCUCGGCUUUUAAUAGAACAUGCAGUUAUCAAUUGAGAGUAGUAUGUGGUGGUGGCGGCGGCCGGAAGCACAAAAGGCCCCUACUUGGCCAGCCCUUGCGACAUGCAGAUCGAUAUGUUGUAGACACAGUCAAUGAGAACGGUGCAUUAGUACACCGCACAAAGGACUCUACUGGGAAAGCCCGUGAGCUGUCAAAUGCUCUGCCUCGAUGUCUGCAAAAUGGAAUUUCCCUACCGCCAAAGUAUCAAAAGCUCCUGGUUUAUUUUAUAGAUGAUGUUCUCGCCUCUCUAUCGUGCCACCCCUCGAUACAGGAGGACCUCCGCAUGGGGCUGGUUCCCGUGAUGCUCCAUUCGCCCCAACUCAUGUCAGCUUGCCUCGCCCUAUCGGCCGCUGGCUUUCUAUCGCGGGGGAUCUUGGAGGUGGAGGGUGUUGAAAUCCCGAGGAUCUUGGGGCAUUUACAAACUUCGGGUCUCGCACUGUUGAGAAGUGCCUUGGAUUCCGGGGAGAGGACCGAGACCUUGCCGGCUACGUGCUUGAUUUGGUGCCUGACAGAUGUCUUUACAUACCGUCAGGGGAUAUCAUCCUGGCAAAUCCAUUUACAGGGCAUCGGAGCCCUGCUGGACGGAAGUGAGGCCCAUCGCGACUUUGCCACUCCGUCUGGGUCUUUUCGGUCUGCAAUGAGACACCUCUACCAACUAUACCUCUCUCUACAAACUCUCCCUCACAUACCUACAGUGGAAUCUCUCGAGAAUUCAGCACAGUUAGGCGUACGAGCCUCUCAAAAUUCCGAAUGGACAUCAAUGACAAGCCCCGAGAUAGAUGGAUUCUUGGGCUAUAGUAGCGAGCUCCUAGAUGUUUUGCAGCAAAUCGAUCAACUAUCCCGUUCCGUCUCCGGAAACGAAGCACAGUCGAUAUCCGAAGCCGAUAUCCUCCUUGGCAAAGUCCAAGGCAUGAUUAGUCGUGACACAACAUCUCCACGAGAUAUCUCGAUCUGCACGCCCUUAUCUCCGGAAUACAACCGCGAGUUCGCUCUCUGCCAUCAGACCUUCCAACAAGCCACAUUAAUCCACCUAUACAGAAAAUUAUAUCACCAUCCGUCGGGCUCCCCGUCCAUACAAGCUGCCGUUCGAUCGAUCGAGGAAAUGGUCGGCAACAUGAUCCAGGGACAGCCGUGCCACACCUGGGUCGCUAUGGCGAUGCCUCUUUUCACGCUCGGCUGUGAAGCCUUCACCGAGAAGCAGCAGGUCUUUACGAUGGAUAAAAUCAAGAAACUAGAGGAUUGCAUUGGAUCGCUACAUGUGAAAUGUAUUCGACAAGCUUUGGAGGAUAUUUGGAAAGUUAGAGAGGAUCUAGGGGACCGUGAGGGAACGCUGUGCGCAAGCCAACUUCUUGCUGAACUGCGAUAUAACAUCAUACUAUUCUGAUAUUUGCAGAGAUUUGAUCGACACGAAUAAGCAAUAAAACACCGAGGCGAAUAAAUGCCACUUGAACUUCCAACUAUGGGCCAUCACGAUAAGACAUAGGAACAUUGCAUCUUUGGUUUCUAUGGAAUCAGGUGAUAAAACAGCUCACUAGGCGCACAAACGACAAGCAGCAAAACAGGUAUAUCACAGAAAAGGUCAAUUUUAACAACAUCACAAGCAGCUACUACCCAACACAUAAUGUCAGCCACGGCCAAGUCUGACCCAGUCGCCUAAGCACUUAAGACCCGACAACCAAGAUCUAACCCCGUCUGCGA